UCCCUCCCUCAGAAGCUCUGCUAAAGUAACAGCUGAUGUCAGUUCUGCUUAAAGACACACACGCGCACACACACACACACACACACACACACACACACACACAGAGUCCCUGUUGGCUACGCCCACACUACAACCUGUCUACCAUUAGGCAGUAGCGUCAAGGGCACAGUAGAGAGCCAGCCAAAGGGGAGGAGGGCUCCUGCACCUUCCUCUCCUCACGACACAUCAGCACUUGGCACAAGGAGGCUCCAUACCACGCUCACAAAUCCACAAUCUGAGCCUUGAUUUCCCUGUUACAGCAGGCCCGAGGAGGGGAGGGCAGUUAUCUAAGGCUCUCAGCACGCCCAUGUGCUUGGCUGAAUCAUGGAGUUGCACUGUCUUCCUACUGAGACCCCCACCUCAGCCAGUUCCUGCUCCACGGACCCCCCGUAUGACAACUGCCCACCUUUUGCCCAGCGAGGGAGGGCCAGGGAAAAGGAAAUGGAGAGUAGGGUUGUGUGCCCGACCGUAACCAGACUCCCAGGCCCCUGCAGCCCUCUGCCUGGACUGGCCCCAGCUGUGGCUGAGGUUCCCACACUGGCCGGCGGGGGGAGAGGGCCUGGCGCCUGGCCAGAUCACAGCUACUGCAGCUGGGGAGGAGGCCUGGGAAGACAGGACUGGGAAGCAGAGCUGGGUCCAGGCAUGAACAGAGCAAGAGGAGGAGAGAGAGGAGGAGAGCAGGGGGGUUGCUGGGGUGUUGAGGACAGAGCUCAUCUGAACCAGAGUCCAGAUCCAACACAGAGCGAGCAGCACAGGAGCGCUCUGUCUCUGUACGAUAAUCUCCCUGACGCUGUCACCCCUGACAGCCUCCAGGAGGUCUUUGACAUGGAGACAGGUUUGCAGGAGCACGUUCAGGAACAGAUGUACCAGGCGUGGGCCCCCCCUGAGCACAUCCAGGGACUGAUGGAGGGCGAGGGAGUGAGUGAAGAGAAGAGCCCCUGGUCCUCCUGUGAGAUCAUCCUCUCUGAGAGUGGUUCCACUAACCAGGACCACGACAAGAAGCAUGAGCAGGAGCCAGAGCAGGACUCAGGAUCCUGUGGAUUUAAGCAUCUCCAGCUCCCAGCGUCAACUCACGUCCUUACAGCAAGUUCCCCUCAGCUGUGCCCGACUGAGUGCCAGGCCCUGUGGCCCCCUGCUGAAGCCCAGCACCCAGAGCAGUCAUCCUGGUCUCCCAGGGUGCCGCCUCCCGUACCCCCAGCUGACCCCUCCGCAAGCGCCCUCCGCAGCCUCCUCACCAGCCUACAACAGCAGAUAGUCCGACAGAGGGAGGAGUACGAGGAAAGGAUAAUCAGCCUUGAGCAGAGAAAUGAAGAGCUGCAGGUGGAGGUUGUGCGGCUGAAAACAAACCUUGCGCAGCAGCGGCACUGGUACCAGGUCAUCCAGGGUAAGAUCGUGGAGUCUGAACGGGCCCGGGCUGCUGCGGAGCUGCGCAACGCAACGCUGCAGAGAGAGAUGGAGCAGUUCUUCGACACCUUCGGAGAGCUCAACAACGAGGCCAAGAAGACGGAAUAUAUUGUCAAGAGCUUUUGAGGAAGGAUGCGUGUAGUGUUGUGAUGGCGUGAAUGGCGUGUGUUAAGUUGCAUAGUAAGUUUGUCUCCCCCUAGGCAGAACGUUUUUGUAUCUCUUUGGGAGGGAUUUAAGUGAUGUACAGCUGUUUCUUCACUGAAGGAAAAUGAAUCACUGAUGUCCACUUUAUUAGUUGCGUCAGGGCAAAAGAUGUUGGCCAAGUGAUAAUAUUGUGGUCAAUGCAAUCACACAGGACAUCUCUGAAAAUAAAAGGAGAAACAAACUGAACAAAAACGUGAGAUGUACAGUGUAUACAAUGGAGGUUUUUUUUUUAAACAUGGUAAAGAUGUUCUGAACACUGUGAUGCUCAGUUCUGAUGUGAUAAGAUGUUUGGGAGUGAAAUGGCCACUCCUCAGGUCAUUUAAGGCAUGACUGAAAGAAUAAGGUCAUGGUUUUGAAAAGGAAAAUAUAGUGUACAACAUGGUGCAUAAGUCCUCAGUGACUCCAUAGUGUCAUAUUUCUGCAUGUCCAUCACACUGUGCAAUCAGUUCUGCAAAAAGCAGCUCCACAGUCCAUUUCCAAGGUUCAUCUUUUGAGUUUCAAUCUUGAGUUGCAAAGGUCCAGAUUUGGAUUCAGGACUCCACAGUCACAUCCUCAUUUUAAACUACAACAUGUCUGUUUUUUUGUUUGUUUGUUUGUUUGUUUUGUUGCUGGGCCAACUUCCUCCAGAGACACUGCCUUUACGGACGGGGUGACUGCUGUUCUUUAAGGACGAUUCAAAAGAGAUAGUGAAGGAGAGUGCUGCGCAGUACAUCUGGUAACACAUACACACAUAUAGGUUUACAAAGCAAAACAGAAAAAAAAUUUAUCUCAAAUAGGCUUUCAGAACAUCAAGGUACUGUAAGUAAAAGAACUGACCUGAUCAGAUUUCUCUUUUUAACAAGAACUACAAUAUCUUUCAGGCAUCGUACUGCCUUCAUGCAAGUUAAACACCAUUAUUUGUGUUCCACUGCCUUUGCAUGUGUUUUACAUGAUGUAGGAUUCAGAAUUUUAUUACUGUCGCAGUACUAAUGGAAUGGUUUAGAAAAGGAGCAGCCCAUGCAUUUAUCUGUCAAUGAAAUGUUAUGAAAAGAGGCUUGGUUUCCAUGGGCCUCAAUGUGAUUGUGUGCAACAUUUUGCAAGAACACAAAAAUAAAUACAUGUAUCUUUUUGCCUCUCCCAAA